AUGGUCGAGGAGCGCCCAUAUGAUCAUCUUUUCAAAUUCCUGAUAAUAGGCGAUGCCGGAGUGGGGAAAUCGGCCUUGUUACUCAGAUUUGCGGACAAUACCUUCACCAAUUCUUACAUCAACACAAUCGGAGUCGACUUCAAGAUAAAAACAAUUUCGAUCGAUGGAGUCAAAGCAAAGCUUCAAAUUUGGGACACAGCUGGGCAAGAACGCUUCAGAACUAUUACCUCGACGUAUUACCGUGGUGCUAAUGGAAUUAUUCUCGUUUAUGAUGUGACAAGAACAGAUUCUUAUGAAAACGUGCGAAAAUGGCUAGCGGAAAUAGCUGAAAACGACUGCGAAAAUGUUCACAAAUACUAA